GCGCGGUGACGCCACGUCCUGUUAUGCGUCUGCGGGGCGGUGCGAAUGUAAAUACGCCAGUUUUCCAGGUCCAAACUUGGGCUGCUGCGUGGGAACUCCGACCCGUGCCGAAUUCCAGCCGCGCGCAAGAGUCAGGAACGCGGCUAUUCCAGGGAGCCUCUUCGUCCUGGGCCGAGGCGGUUUAGCCUCGCGGCAGGUGCCCAUGUUGGAAGAUGCCAGCGACUGCGUAUGGAAGAGUAGUUUACAAGAGCCCCUCGGAGUACCACUACUUGAAAGUCUGUCUAGAGUUUCAAGAACAUGAAGUUGAACUGAAUGUAGCACAGUUCAAACAGCUGCUUGUCUCAGCCCUGAAAGACCUGUUUGGGGAGGUUGGUGCCGCCCUACCUGUGGAUGUUCUCACCUAUGAUGAGAAGUCAUUGUCAGCCAUCUUGAGAAUAUGCAGCAGUGGUCUGGCCAAAUUGUGGAGUUCUUUGACCUUGUUUGGAGCCUAUAAAAGCAAGAAAUGUGCCUUCAGAGUGAUUCAGGUGUCUCCCUUUCUCCUUGCAUUAUCUGGCAAUAGCAGGGAACAAGUAUUGGAUUGAACACUCUUACAGUUCCAGAUACUUCCACUCUCCUCAGUGUUUUUGGGUGUCUACGUAAUUUGAAAACAGAAGCAAGCUAAAGCCCCUCCCUGUUGGUAACAUUUGGGGAUGCUGAAGAUGUGGAGUGGGCUUCAGAGGAGACUGUGGCAACAUCAUGUGGUACCAAAAGGGCAGUGUCUUCAGUAUGUGCACAUGAAAGUUGGGGACCGAGCAGAGCUCAGCAGAGCCUUCACACGGCAAGAUGUGGCUACCUUCUCAGAAUUGACAGGAGAUGCCAAUCCUUUGCAUUUAAGUGAAGAUUUCGCAAAACACUCCAAGUUUGGAAAGACAGUUGUGCAUGGGGUUUUGAUAAACGGGCUUAUUUCAGCUCUCCUGGGCACUAAAAUGCCAGGGCCAGGCUGUGUGUUUCUUUCCCAGGAAAUUAAAUUUCCCGCUCCUUUAUAUAUUGGAGAAAUGGUCUUAGCAUCUGCAGAAGUGAAAAGGUUGAAGCAGUCUGUUGCUGUUGUUGCAGUGUCCUGUUGUGUAGUAGAAAGUAAGAAGACAGUUAUGGAAGGCUGGGUUAAAGUUAUGGUCCCAGAAGCUCCUAGAUCCUGAAAUACAAAUUUAAAGUUAUACAUUCAAAAACCCGUGCUCUUAUUAUCAAAUGACAUCGGGGAGGUGGGCUGUUGCUCUUCCUGAUGGAGUGCUGGUACACCCAGAACUGAGUGUGGAAGGGGGAUUUCCAGAUUGGUGCAUGCUUUGUCCAGACUUAAAUAUGUGCAAGAUCUCAUCAUCUAUCAAGGUUGAAUUUUUAAUUGGAUUUUUUUUUCCCAAUUAAAAAAACAAUUGAGAGGGACUGGAGACAUGGCUUAUCAGUUAAGAUCACUGGCUGCUCUUCCAGAGUAUCUGGGUUCAAUUCCUAUUACCCACACAGCGGUUCACAACUGUACGUAUCUUCAGUCUCAGGUGAUCCAACACCAUCUUCUGGCCUGUGCCAAAACUACCUGCACAUGGUACACAGGCAUACAUGCAUACAUGCAAGCAAAAUGCAAAUACAAUAAUAAUAAAAUAAAAAUCUUUUUAAAUUGGGAAAACUAUCUUCAUAUUUUACCUUCAGAAUUUCAAAGUUAUAUUUGUAUUUGAUAACACCUAUGUCUGUCUGUGUUGAGGAAUUUUCUUGCUGAAUUUAUACCACCAUGUAUACUAACUGCAACAAUGCAAGUAGAGCCAUCCUUGGACACCUAAUUCUGAUACCCUUUCUCAGUGGCUUCUGGGUUAGGUUUAUAAUUCCUUACACCAAGAUACGCUCUUUUGUUGGAUGUGGUGGCAUUUGCCUUUAGUUCCCACUUAGGAGGCAGAGGCAGGCAGGGUUUAAAGCUGCCCUGUGGGCAUAGCAAGUUUCAGGACAGCCAGGGCUACAUAGAGAGACCCUGGCAAACCAAUAAAAACAAAACAUGACAUUUAGUUCAAA